GCUCCACCGAGCUCUGCGGGGCUUCUGAGUAAAGCCGCUUAGGAUCGAGCUGUGCGGGGAGCUAACCGGGAGCUCGUGUGAAUGCCCCGCCGUGGAUUCAGUCCUGCGCGUACCGUCUGUCCGCGCGUUCUCUCUCGCUUUCUGUGCGCCGGUGGAUGCUCGCCGGGAACAGCUGUUGCUGGGCGACUGGGAGGCUGCAGCGCCAGCGAACGAACGAGCAAGCAAGAAGGGACCUGCUCGCCUCGCACCGUUCGCUGCUGUCUCCCCACCGCCGGCGCCGUUGCUUCCUCCUCCCCCCUCCGGGUCACGCCCUCUCUGCUCACCGACGACACGGGGAGGACAACUCAAAGCAAACAAACCCCCAACCCAAGAACAGCGCCACAAAUAAGCUAAGAGCAUCCCGAUCCAAUCACGCCAUGAAGGGAGAGGCAGGCGUGGGUUUCACAGUUUCAGAUAAUCAAAGCUAAUUUCAGUAUGCUCAAAAGGAAACAGAGCUCUAGGGUAGAGGCCCAGCCGGUGACAGAUUUUGGUCCUGAUGAAUCUUUAUCAGACAACGCUGAUAUCCUGUGGAUUAACAAACCAUGGGUGCACUCUUUACUACGCAUCUGUGCCAUCAUCAGUGUCAUUUCCGUUUGCAUGAACACCCCAAAGACCUUCGAGCAUUACCCUCCUCUUCAGUAUGUGACCUUUGCUCUAGACACCCUACUGAUGUUUCUCUACACAGCAGAGAUGAUAGCCAAGAUGCACAUCCGUGGCAUAGUCAAGAUGGAGUUGGGAAAAGGUUGGAGGUUAACAACACCACAGCCAUUUCAGAUGUUCAAGGGGGAUAGCUCCUAUGUGAAGGAUCGUUGGUGUGUUUUUGAUGGAUUCAUGGUUUUUUGUCUUUGGGUGUCAUUAGUUUUACAGGUGUUUGAAAUUGCUGAGAUAGUUGAUCAGAUGUCACCUUGGGGCAUGCUAAGGAUCCCACGGCCUCUUAUUAUGAUUCGAGCGUUUCGGAUUUAUUUCCGCUUUGAGUUGCCAAGAACCAGGAUAACCAACAUUCUAAAGCGUUCAGGUGAACAGAUUUGGAGUGUUUCAAUAUUCCUUCUGUUCUUUCUGCUUCUGUAUGGAAUUUUGGGGGUCCAGAUGUUUGGCCCUUUCACGUAUCAUUGUGUAACAAAUGGCACACAGCCAGGAAACAUAACCUGGAAUAAUUUAGCAAUCCCAGACACACACUGUUCAAAGGUGUCAGAAGAAGGUUACCAGUGUCCCCCAGGAUUUGAGUGCAUGGACCUUGAAGAACUGGGGUUAAGCAGGCAAGAGCUGGGAUACAGUGGCUUUAACGAGAUAGGUACAAGCAUAUUUACUGUUUAUGAAGCUGCCUCUCAAGAAGGCUGGGUCUUCCUGAUGUACCGAGCAAUUGACAGCUUCCCUCGAUGGCGCUCAUACUUCUAUUUCAUCACCUUGAUUUUCUUUCUUGCUUGGCUUGUUAAGAAUGUGUUUAUCGCUGUCAUCAUUGAGACAUUUGCUGAAAUCCGUGUGCAGUUCCAGCAGAUGUGGGGGUCCAGAAGUAGCACUACUUCAACUGCUACUACACAGAUGUUUCAUGAAGAUGCUACUGGAGGAUGGCAGUUAGUAGAUGUUGAUGUGAAUAAGCCUCAGGGCAGAGCUCCAGCGUGUCUGCAGAGAAUGAUGAGAUCCUCAGUUUUCCAUAUGUUUAUUCUGAGCAUGGUGGCAGUGGAUGUCAUUGUUGCUGCUAGCAAUUAUUACAAAGGAGAGACUUUUAAGAGUCAAUAUGAUGAAUUCUACUUUGCAGAGGUUGCAUUUACUGUCCUAUUUGAUCUGGAAGCUCUCUUAAAGAUCUGGUGCCUGGGCUUUACUGGAUAUAUCAGUUCCUCUCUUCAUAAGUUUGAACUGCUGCUGGUUAUUGGAACUACUCUUCAUAUCUAUCCAGACCUCUACCAUUCACAAUUUACAUAUUUCCAGGUGCUUCGGGUAGUCCGACUUAUAAAGAUUUCUCCUGCCCUGGAAGACUUUGUAUAUAAGAUUUUUGGACCUGGAAAAAAGCUUGGGAGUUUAGUUGUAUUUACAGCCAGCUUAUUAAUUGUUAUGUCAGCAAUCAGUUUACAGAUGUUCUGUUUUGUGGAAGAACUAGAUAGAUUUACAACGUUUCCAAGGGCUUUUAUGUCAAUGUUCCAGAUCCUUACCCAGGAAGGAUGGGUAGAUGUCAUGGAUCAAACUCUUAAUGCUGUGGGCCAUAUGUGGGCACCUGUUGUUGCUAUUUACUUCAUACUUUAUCAUCUUUUUGCUACUCUGAUUUUGCUGAGUUUGUUUGUUGCUGUUAUUUUGGACAACUUGGAACUCGAUGAAGAUCUAAAGAAACUUAAGCAAUUGAAACAAAGUGAAGCAAAUGCGGAUACCAAGGAAAAGCUCCCGUUACGUCUAAGGAUCUUUGAAAAAUUCCCCAAUAGACCCCAAAUGGUAAAAAUUUCCAAGCUCCCUUCAGAUUUUACAGUCCCCAAAAUAAGGGAAAGCUUUAUGAAGCAGUUUAUUGAUCGGCAGCAACAGGACACAACUUGUUUAUUGAGAAGGCUUCCAUCAGCGUCUUCUUCCUCAUGUGACCAUUCUAAAAGGCUGGCAAUUGAAGAAAACAAAUACAUUGACCAGAAGCUGCGCAAAUCUGUUUUCAGCAUUAGGGCAAGAAAUCUUCUGGAAAAGGAGACCGCAAUCAAUAAAAUUCUGAGGGCCUGCACUCGUCAGCGCAUGUUGAGUGGAUCCCUUGAGGGGCAGCCUGCCAAAGAAAGAUCUAUUCUUAGUGUUCAGCAUCAUAUUCGUCAAGAACGCAGGUCACUCAGACAUGGUUCCAACAGUCAACGGAUUAGCAGGGGGAAAUCUCUUGAAACACUAACCCAAGAGCAUUCUAACACUGUAAGGUACAGAAAUGCACAGAGAGAAGACAGUGAAAUAAAAAUGAUCCAAGAAAAGAAAGAACAAGCAGAAAUGAAAAGGAAAGUCCAGGAAGAGGAGUUACGAGAGAAUCAUCCAUAUUUUGACAAGCCUCUUUUCAUAGUUGGUCGUGAACACAGAUUCAGAAAUUUCUGCCGAGUAGUUGUACGAGCUCGCUUUAAUGCCUCAAAAACAGAUCCUGUUACUGGAGCAGUGAAAAAUACCAAAUAUCACCAACUUUAUGAUUUGUUAGGAUUGGUUACUUACCUAGACUGGGUAAUGAUCAUUGUUACUAUAUGUUCUUGCAUUUCAAUGAUGUUUGAAUCUCCCUUUCGAAGAGUGAUGCACGCACCAACACUUCAGAUUGCUGAAUAUGUUUUUGUAAUAUUCAUGAGCAUUGAACUUAAUUUAAAGAUUAUGGCCGAUGGCUUGUUUUUUACUCCAACGGCGGUCAUAAGAGACUUUGGUGGUGUCAUGGAUAUAUUUAUCUAUCUUGUAAGCUUGAUAUUUCUCUGCUGGAUGCCUCAGAACGUUCCUGCCAAAUCAGGAGCUCAGCUUUUAAUGGUGCUACGCUGUCUCCGGCCCCUCCGAAUCUUCAAACUGGUGCCUCAGAUGAGAAAGGUUGUCCGAGAGCUAUUCAGCGGCUUCAAGGAAAUCUUUCUAGUCUCAAUUCUUUUGCUGACAUUAAUGCUUGUUUUUGCAAGCUUUGGAGUUCAGCUUUUUGCUGGAAAACUAGCAAAGUGCAAUGAUCCUCAGAUUACUCUAAGGGAAGAUUGUCACGGCAUAUUCCGAAUAAGUGUAAGUGUUUCCAAAAAUCUAAAUUUAAAAUUAAGGCCUGGUGAAAAAAAGCCUGGAUUCUGGGUGCCUCGAGUCUGGGCCAAUCCUCGGAACUUUAACUUUGACAACGUUGGAAAUGCAAUGCUGGCAUUAUUUGAGGUCCUUUCAUUAAAAGGAUGGGUAGAAGUCAGAGAUGUGAUCAUUCAUCGUGUGGGGCCUAUCCAUGGCAUCUAUAUUCAUGUUUUUGUAUUCCUGGGCUGUAUGAUUGGAUUGACUCUUUUUGUUGGAGUUGUCAUUGCUAAUUUCAAUGAAAAUAAGGGAACAGCUUUGUUAACUGUUGAUCAGAGGCGAUGGGAAGAUCUAAAGAGCAGACUGAAGAUAGCACAACCUCUUCAUCUCCCACCUCGCCCAGAUAAUGAUGGAUUUCGAGCUAAAAUGUACGAUAUAACUCAGCAUCCAUUUUUUAAGAGGACCAUCGCUGUGCUUGUUCUGGCCCAGUCUGUGCUGUUGUCUGUUAAGUGGGACGACCAAGCCCCAGUGACUGGUCCUUUAGCUGCAAUGUCUGUUGUCUUCACAUUUAUUUUUGUUCUUGAGGUAACGAUGAAAAUUAUUGCCAUGUCACCUGCUGGAUUUUGGCAAAGCAGAAGAAAUCGCUAUGAUCUCUUAGUGACAUCCUUAGGUGUUAUAUGGGUGAUACUCCACUUUGCUAUAACGAAUGCCUACACAUAUAUGAUGGGGGCAUGUGUGAUUGUCUUUAGGUUUUUCUCAAUCUGUGGGAAACAUGUGACCCUGAAGAUGUUGCUGCUGACUGUGGUUGUCAGCAUGUAUAAGAGCUUUUUCAUCAUAGUAGGGAUGUUCCUACUGCUGCUUUGCUAUGCUUUUGCUGGGGUCGUUUUAUUUGGCACUGUGAAAUAUGGAGAGAACAUCAACAGGCAUGCCAACUUUUCAUCAGCUGGUAAGGCCAUUACUGUACUCUUCAGAAUAGUCACUGGGGAAGACUGGAACAAGAUCAUGCAUGACUGCAUGGUUCAGCCUCCUUUUUGUACUCCAGACAACAGCACAUACUGGAAGACAGAUUGUGGAAACUAUGCUGGUGCUCUUAUGUAUUUCUGUUCAUUUUAUGUCAUCAUUGCAUACAUAAUGCUAAAUUUGCUUGUGGCUAUCAUUGUGGAAAAUUUCUCAUUGUUUUAUUCCACGGAAGAAGACCAACUCUUAAGCUAUAAUGAUCUUAGACAUUUUCAAAUUAUAUGGAAUAUGGUUGACGACAAAAGGGAGGGAGUGAUUCCUACUUUCCGAGUCAAGUUUUUGCUACGAUUGCUGCGUGGAAGAUUGGAAGUGGAUCUUGACAAGGACAAACUUUUGUUUAAACACAUGUGCUAUGAAAUGGAGAGGCUACAUAAUGGUGGAGAUGUAACAUUCCAUGAUGUACUGAGCAUGCUGUCAUACAGAUCCGUUGACAUCAGAAAGAGUCUUCAGCUGGAAGAAUUGCUUGCUAGGGAACAACUGGAGUACACCAUUGAAGAAGAAGUAGCCAAACAGACAAUACGCAUGUGGUUGAAGAAAUGCUUGAAACGCAUUAGAGCAAAACAGCAACAGUCAUGCAGCAUUAUCCACAGUCUCCGAGAGAGUCAGCAGCAAGAGCUUAGCCGGUUCCUAAACCCACCAAGCAUUGAGACAACACAACCAAGUGAAGAUAUGAAUGCUAAUAACCAGGAUAACAAUAUACAGCCUGAGACAAGUAGUCAACAGCAGCUUCUUAGUCCAACACUUUCUGACAGGGGAGGAUAUCGGCAAGACUCUACUGAAGCUGGUAAACCUCAGAGGAAGUUUGGACAAUGGCGUUUGCCAUCAGCCCCAAAGCCAAUAAGCCAUUCAGUGUCUUCAGUCAAUUUACGGUUUGGUGGUCGUACAACUAUGAAGUCAGUUGUGUGCAAGAUGAAUCCCAUGUCAGAUGUGGCUUCUUGUGGGUCAGAAGUGAAGAAAUGGUGGACAAGGCAACUUACUGUGGAGAGUGAUGAGAGUGGAGAGGAUCUGCUUGAUAUCUGACUGGAGAAAGAUGCCAGUUGGUCACAAUUAUGCAACGUAACAUUGGAAUCAAGUCAGUGUUGCUUGGUUUUUAAAUUGGAGCCCAGUUGAUCUACCUACAAAAUAAGCCUUUGAACUCAUUAUUCUUCAACUUGACAGGAUAUACCACUUAUCUAAUUAUUUUGAAUUUGACCUAGUGACUAUUAUUAUAGUGAUGGAAAAUAACAAAUAGUUAUUUGUGAAAAGCAGAGGGCUUAUGGCCCUAAUAUCAAGAACCAUAUACUUAAUACUAGACUCUCAGCAGCACUUUCAUUCUGUCUCCCCCCACCUCCCGCAACCCAGGAGCCCUUCUAUACCUCAUCGCAAGCUGCUUUUAAAAAUGGGGGUGGCAGGAUCUCUGGAAGCAGUUUGUUAUGCAGUAAGGGGGCUGCUAGUAUUAGAAAGUAAUACUAGUAGAGCUAGUAUUAUCCUUUGUUGGACACACACAAGGUUCUGUACACACUUAAAAGAAACAUGCUAGACUGUGGCUGAGGUUUCAUAUUUCAGAAGCUCCACACCCAAUCCUUUUGCAGCAACGUAUGCAUUCUGGGGUCUCAUCUGAUUGUUUCUGACCUAAUCAAAGCUUAUUUUGCCUGAAAAUGAAUGAUCAUCACGAGAACAAUGCAUUUUCCCCCAGUUCUGCCUAUCCAAUACUAAUAUUGAUGAAUGACCUAUAGAGGUCAGCAGGGAAUUUAUUCAAAAUGAAAGCAUUUUUACAGUAUACUGAUUCUGACUUGCAAAUCUACCUUUUCUUUUUAAUAUGCAAGAUAUAGGACAGUUUGUUUUAAAAUCAGAAAAUGGUGAUUAGGUUUUAUAAUGCAUUUUUAAUUACUAAUGUAAAGAACUUAACUGCAAUGAACAGAUUCCCUGUACAUGUACAUGCUGAAUAGGUUUCUAGGACUUUAAUCUCUGUCAACAUUAGUCAGUUGUUGGGGUUGGAACAGGGCAAGCAGAAGCCUGCUUUCAGUUCAUUCCACCCUGUCCAGAAUUCUUUCUAAACAAGUGAUGGUGCCAACAUCGCUGAGUGCACAGGCCAUCUUAAAGGCUGUGUGUAUGUGAUGAUAUAGCAAGGAUCACCAAAGCACAGCUCUGGGUCUUCGAUUCCUUUGGCACAUGGAGAACAUGCAGGAAGGUGAUUUCCUCACAGAAGUCUGUUUCUGCACCUCAUCACUUUUUCAUGAAAGUGAAUAACUUUUAUUAAAGAGACUAAAGAACCAUAUACUUUAGAUAUUUCACUGUGUAAAAAUCCUCACUGUGUUCCACUUCUGAAGUAUAUUAAUCAUGUGAUAUUGAUCUUAAAUUAUGCAUUGUCAGGUUUUCUGUACCCAUGUACACUGGAUGUCUUAACUUUUAGAACUGUGAUAUAGAAAUUGUUGUCCUAGGGGGAACAUGUUAGGGAAACAAGAUAUUGACAGCUUUAAAUUUUAAAAUAGAAUUUAAAUUAUUAUUUUAAAAAUGUGAUAAUGUAGCCUCUCUUGAGUUCAAGAUGUCUGUGAGAGAGUGGCAGAAAAGGAACCUGUCGGAGCACACUAAUGUUAAGCAAACUUUAAUAUGCAUUGGAGAGGUAGCAGAUUACCACAGAAAUGUGGACUAGAUUCACUAGCUCUGUGUCUGCCACUGUCCAUAGGAAACCGCACUGUUGAUAUGGUCCUUUAUUAUGAAGUGACCAAAGGAGGGUUAAAAUUGCCACAGCCUUAAAUGAAAGCCAGAGGGAGAACUGCCUCUAACCAACACUUAUUACUACAACAGCUAAAUUGGAAGUGAACAUCCCAGGCAGAAAGCAGCCAGCCACCAAGAAGAAGUUAUAUGGCAAAGAAAAAUGUCUCCUGUCAAAAGAGUAAAAAGAAAGACAAGUCAAGCAUCUUUCCAACACUGUUUGUGAAUUUGGCAAAUUCAGAGUUAAACAAGAUCACGAGGAGUCUCUUUUUCCUACCUCUUACUUUCCCAAAACUGCACAUAAAAAAUUAAAUCAGACUUGUUUAUAAAUACAAAAUAGGAGUGUGAGUUUGCAGUGAGAAAGGGGUUGUCUCAUCGUAUUCUAAGAUUAAUGUUUACAAGGUGAUGUAAAGGGGCAGGACACAACAUCAUUAAACCCUACUCCCCAAGAAGUGGCAAUGUGUAGGAUUCCUCUGCAUGUACAGUCAUGCUAACCACUUAUUCUGCUGCUCAAAAAAUAUUAAAACCAUAGCACAAGUGAACAGAAGAAAAUAUAGUUUAUAUUAGCAUCUCAAUGUUCAGCCAUGUUCUUCAUUGAUUUUGCGACGUACUGUAUGUCAAAAUCUUAAAAUGCCACCUUUCUGGCAAGACCAGUGUUUCCAGUAUAACUAGAUGUUAUGUUGAGCAUGGCGAAGCAGUGACAAAGAACAGCCAUCUUAGUACUUCUACAGGAUGAUUAAAUGUAUAGGAGAAAAGGCCUGGAUUCCGAUGCUUUCAUAUGUACAAUAGUGCAUAUUUUAUAUCUGCUUCCCAACCCUGACAUCUUUGGGAUAGGAUCUUUGCUACUACCAUUGUUUCCUAUGGAAAUUAUGUUGCACUACCAUGGCCAGGUGUGGGAUGUCCUAAGAGGCCCACCAAAACAUAAGGCUUCACUGAUAAAAUAUUCCUUUGAAUAACUGGAAACUGAGUUCUCUGAUAGCCUUAUGGGCAAAAAAACUCCCACCCCACAACCAUGAUAAGAAUUCCUUUUUAUUUUAUUCAUACUUUGUGCAUUUAUUAUAACAUUUGUUUGCCAAAAGAUGGGUUUCUAUGCUCUCAGGAGAACAUUCUCAAUCUACUUUUUGGACACACGUUAUGUUAAAUACAAUUGUCUUUAAAACAUUAUGAUGUACUUGUGUCUGUGUGCAUUUUACUGUUUAAGUUAACAUUGAGACUGAAAAGAAAUCAAAGCUCCUACAAUGUAUUCACUAAAACUGUGUGUUCUGUUUUUAAACUAGAUUUCAGGAAAGACCCAUAGCAAAUGUCACACCCAUCAUUGUCAGGGUCAGCAUUUUGUCUUUUGUGUCCAUUUGAACUUCAGAUUUUGUACAAAAAACAAUAAUCAGACAAUAGGAGUGUUACAGGAUUUCUAAAAGAUGUUUUAUUGAACUUUAAAUAAUGUGCUGAUGAAUUGCAGAACCUUUCCAAAGUGUUACUAUGGCAAAUGUUAUUUUUAAAACUCUGGCAAAUGUUAUCCUUUUGCCUUACUGUGUCAAUAAAAGGCAGUUGCUUUCAACAAUAA